GUGGCACUCUUCCAUUCGCAGUCUUACGCCCUUGCGUACAGGACGUUUGGUGCUGUGUUCUUUAGUUCCCUAUUCGUACGUGGUGGUUGUGCGCCCCAGGUUUACGAAUAGUGGUUCAUCAGUUUUGAUUAAGUGAACUAAAGGAGGGAGUUUCGACUCCCACUGUGUGUGACAAGUGUUUCGUACUUUGGAGAUUCACUCCAGCAGUGAACUCGGAAGCAAAUCUUCAAUAAACCCUGGAUUGUCAUUAACUCAAGCAACAUCAUUGUCGAAGAUUUGAUUCGUUACUAAAGGAUUGCUGAUAACUCGUCCUUCCAAUGCAGCAGCAUCAGCAGACCAGGUUGACCACAAGGAAAAUUGUGAUUGAUUUUUCCAUUACUCGGUAGACGGAAAUUUUAGGAUUCUGGACGUCAUCGGCAGAGUCGUGAAAAGCGGAAAGUAGCUGAGUGAAAGAAUAUUCACAGAUUAAACGUGAUUUCCAGGUUUAUUUAUCCGUGACAAGUUGCGUGAAAGAAAGUCUUGUGUGAAUGGAUCGCCGAGUCUUGGCAAAACAGGAAAAAGAGCCCGGUUCUUGAGAGCAGAGUGAGGUUUCCCUGCAGCAAAAUCGUUCGGCAAAGGAGUGUGAGCGUGUGUCAACAGUGUUGGAAGUGUGUGUAUCCUGCUGCCGAAACGAAAUUCACAGUGCUUCGGAACACAUUCAUCCUGCCUCUUCUGAUAUUGCUUUCACCAAAGAAACGCCAGGGAAAAUAAAGUGAUUUUCUUGCUGAGCCUGAGGAGUAGUGUCCCCAAGGAGGAGGCCCAACCAAACCCUCCAAAAUGACGAAGGAUAGAUUAGCAGCCUUACAAGCGGCGCAAAGCGAUGACGAGGACAUGCCCGAAGAUGUGGCCGUGCCGGUGGAGGGCAGCUUUAUGGAGGAUUUCUUCAACGACGUGGGCGAAAUCCGGGAAAUGAUCGACAAAAUCCAGGCAAACGUGGAGGAGGUGAAGAAAAAACACAGUGCCAUUCUGUCGGCCCCACAAUCGGAUGAGAAAACGAAACAAGAACUCGAAGACCUUAUGGCCGACAUUAAAAAAACUGCCAACAGAGUAAGAGGGAAACUUAAGGGUAUCGAACAGAACAUUGAGCAGGAGGAACAGAAUAAACAGUCCAAUGCCGAUCUUAGGAUACGGAAGACACAACACUCGACGCUUUCGCGUAAGUUCGUCGAGGUUAUGACCGAGUACAAUCGGACCCAGACUGAUUACCGAGAGCGGUGCAAAGGAAGAAUACAACGACAAUUGGAAAUUACGGGUAGAGCAACGACAAACGAGGAGCUAGAGGAAAUGUUGGAGCAGGGAAAUUCUGCCGUUUUUACGCAAGGGAUUAUAAUGGAAACCCAACAAGCUAAACAAACGCUCGCCGAUAUCGAGGCACGGCAUGCAGAUAUUAUUAAACUGGAAAAUUCAAUUAGGGAACUACAUGACAUGUUCAUGGAUAUGGCAAUGCUGGUCGAGAGUCAGGGUGAAAUGAUUGAUCGUAUAGAAUAUCAUGUUGAACAUGCAAUGGAUUAUGUCCAAACAGCGACACAAGACACAAAGAAAGCGCUUAAAUAUCAAAGCAAAGCCCGCCGGAAAAAAGUAAUGAUUGCCGUGUGCGUUGCGAUAACACUCAUCGUUUUAAUAGUCCUGCUAGCAAUCCACCUAUCUUAAUGAAGAGAAAACAGUUGAUAUAUCUAAUAUCGAAACGAACAAUUCCUUUGCCCUUCCUCAAUACAAACGUCCACUGUUUUCUAACGCUAUUAGAAGCCAAAGUGGUGAAAGUAUUUGUAUUUGUCCAAACAAUCUUGAAUCGUGUGUAGAAAAAAUGAAAUCUGAAAAGGUUCAGAAGCCAGAACAAUUCAUCACAUAAUUAUGUUUAAUUUAAGGAUAAGGUUUAGUUCCAUUAUCUACACAUUGUUUUUAGUUGUAAAUAAAUCCAACUUAAGUUUUCCACACAAAGUUCCGAUAGAGAAGCCAGAGAAUCGUUCGAAUGUGAGGGACAGUAUGGAACGAAUAGCAAGGUGUAAUUAUAUCUCGCACUAGUCAUUCAAACCACUCUAGUAGUUAAGGGUGAACAUUAAUCGAAAAUAAUGCGAAUAGAAGUUUCGUACAGUGAUGUGUGAUACAACACGGGGGCAAGUAUUAUUUAGGAAUUUCAAGCAUGUCAAGGAAGUGUUGAAUGUGUUCAUUACCUUUCUCCUCACUCAUCAAAUCAGUGUGCAAAUUGCUCUAUCGAUCAAUAUGAAGUUUCGUGGGAGGAUAUUAGUGUUUCCCAAUGAAUAUAUAAGUAUUUUAAUGGAUGUACUUUUUGUAAGGACUUGGACCUCGAUUUGGCAUCAAUUAAACAUUUAAUUUAUUCAGAUUUGUUUUGUUUUCUUUCCCCCUUCAAUGUUAUUACUGUGUGUUAUUAUUGCUACCCCUCGGCUAGCGACAUCCGUGUUAAAUCGUCACAAAUUGUGGUAAAAACUUCGGGUGGACUUAAGAAUCGGGGCAAACGUUACCGAAUUGUAUUGGUACACGUGUUCCUUUGAACUUGAUACUCAAAACAGAAUCAACUUCUUUCAGUGUUAAUUUCACAAAUGAAAGAACUGAUAUCAAUCAAAAUGACGUCAAAGAUGAAGAGGAUAUUAGCCAUUUAUAUUUUGUCAUUUUCCUGUUCAGCGGCCUAGAUCGUUCUGAGCAUUCGACGUUCGAAAACAUUAAGUAAGUGCUUGUGAGUCCUCACCGAGCAUCUCCCAUACUUCGUACUCGUAAAGCAGUACCGAUCUUUUGUCCGAGGUACACUUCGUACGAGUCAGAAUUUGUUGGAUUUUAGUGAUUUGUGGAGUCCAAAACGCGUCCAAGGCAAUAUGGGUGGAGCCAACAACCCGAGAUCAGCAUCACUUCAAAACAUCACCUUGGUAUGAUUGUGACGGUAGCAACCGCUACCCAACAAGUGGUAUAAAUACCAGCAGUUCUGCCAAAAAACUAUCAUUCUCAUUUCAAACUCUGUACCAUAGACUUCGAAUAAACCGGGUGAAAUAGUGCAACGAGUCUUCACUGCUGUGUUGAGCUGGUAUCCAACCAGCCUUUUUCAAGGUUCAGAGUUACAAUGAAGAUUUCUUCAUUUUUUACCUCUUCGCCGCUCGCCGUUGCAGUCUGAGUUGUGCCCCACCGUUAGGAAUUCCUCACCUAACCUUCACAUUGAUACAUCAUAAGUCGCUGUCCCACCGCACGGGAAUUCUUACACUCACACUUACACACUCAUUGUUUUCAGAACAAGUCUUGAUAAACGUUCGAUGGUAACAUAUGUGGCUUUUAAGGCGACGGUAAUGUGGUGCGCAUGAAAUAAUAUUCGAAGCACUUUUGAAGAAUAUCCGCAUGGUGAACAACUGGUCCAUUCUCAAGUAACUGGUUUGCCUGAUCACUUGUUACCUUCGUAUCAGCUUAAUUUGGACGAUAGACAGCGAAAGAGGAUCUUGGAGGGAAUUUUGUAGGCUCUAUAUAGAAUCAUGAUUGAAUAGAUUUAUUUUGGCUCUCACAAUCUAGCAUGUCACUCUAGAUUUUUCUAGAAUUCUCCGGUAGUUGUUGCGUGUCCCGGAUCCUGAUUAUCAACAGGUGCAUACAUUGUGUGAAUUAUGCCAAAUCUACGGCGGCGUGGUACACUGUACCUGUAUAGUCCUGAGCAAUGCAGCCUUGAUCUUCUAUCUACCCGCUGCUCAGGUUUUCUUCGUUGUACUGCCUCCAUCUUUCAAUCAUCUCGCGUUCGUUCGUCAAGAUGUCCCUUUCCUUGUUACGUUUUCCUUUGUGUGAGACGUUUGGCUUCUUUGAAAAUUUCCGCGACGUUUUGAGAACAAUAAAUCAGUCCCAUCUUUCAUACUCUUACUCGUUUCAUACUCGUUUUCCCGAAAAAGAUUUGUUUGCUGCCUUCGCUUUAGCCAGGUAUUGUUCCAAAUGCUAUGGCUGAUUUCAGUUUUCAUUUGCUGUGGUGAUCCUAGGUGUAACAAUAUGGGAGGCUGUACUUGAAACUAGUGCUACCGAUGCCCAUGGUCACGAAGGCAGCAAAGUCGAUCAUUGCUAGGUCAUUUAUUUUGGGCAGCGAUCAUACGUAACUUAAUGCUCUAGCUACGUUAUCGUCAUCAGGACUACCUAGAUGGAGGCUAUGAAAGCUCAUGAUGUUGAUGUUGCAAUGGCCACGCAUCCUCAAUCUGCACAUUAGUUCGUUGGUCGUGUCAGUUGCCGCCGUUCUGAUAGAUGGUAGAACGAAUUUGAACGAUCGCACCAGAACAAUUCCAGUGGAAGAUGUUUCAGAAUGAAUUGGAUAAACACCACACAAGAGUCGAGUACUCUAGGAUAGAUCACACCAGCAAGCAAUUAAAGCUUUCAGGCAAAAUAUAUCUUUGAACUGUUUGGCGAAGCGGAAUGUGAACCGUGCACAUGAUCUCCAAUUUUGACAUACAUGCUUCGACCUUCAAAAAAAAAAGAAUAGCCAACAACGCAGAUCUUCAUGAAUACCUAAGCUGUCGUGUUUAGCCAAAGCGAUAUCGUGAUUCAUCUUUUCAAAUACUGCAAAGAGAUCUGUAUAGAUAGCAUCAACUUGAUGACCUUGUUCAACUUCACCAUCAUCCGCUUGGGAAGAACUAAAACGAGAAAGUUUUUGUUUCUCACUGGAUAGGUGUUGCUAAUAAAACAUUGCGGUCUAUGUGAUUGAAAAUUGUGUCAAAAGUGGGAAACUGCUGUCGGUAGUUGUACUGCUUGACACGCGAAAGCCAAUCUUGCUAACGCGAAUUAAAUUGAUUUUUGCUAGUGCACAUUAGCAGCACUCUAUCAAUGACACUAAUGGAGCUUUUAUUCAACAUAAACAUAUUGUCGGUGCCAGCGAGAUAUAAUUGAUUCUGCUCUGAACAGCAUUGGGGUGGGGAGUAGUGACAAAAAGUAAGUAGAGUUGAAAGAGUAGAGUCACGGGAUAGAAACGUUAAAAAUAAAAAUAUAAUCUGAUUACCCUGCACUUAUUUUUGGUUGUGCUAACGUAAGGACAUUCAUCACUAUUCACUCGCGAGACGCGACACGGAACUAAGACACAACACUUAUAAUCCUUACAAAAUAGUCGCUGGGGGCCAGAUCUGAAGAAUUCGGUGGAUGCGGAAGAAAUUCGAAGCCCUAUUCGUGCAAUUUUGCCAUCAAUACACUAAAUUCGGAUUUUCUAAUUUUUUGCACAAUAACAAAAGUUGCUUCACUCUCAAUGCUGUAACUCACGAACCAAUCGACCGAUUGCUGUCAAAUUUUGACACGUAUCCAUCGAAAGCUGGUGCUUUGUGAUAGUCGAGUAGAUUUUUGCAAGAGGCGUCAUCUAGACGUCAACCUUAUGAACUUUUCAGCCGAACUGUUAACAGUGCACAAAGUUCAUGUGACUAUAGCGACUAGAGAUAAGUCACGUUUUCUGACAACCAGAAAAUGGAAGGAACUCCAAAGAAAUGUUGGAUUUCACCGCAUCGGAAAAUCUAUCCCAUUGUUCUUCAAAGAACAAUUCACACUUUGACGGCCAGGGUGUUUUGUCCAAAAAGUUAGUGGAAACCUGGAGUGUCCAAUAGUUGAUUCUUAUACUAGAUAGUGCCAGGAACCCAUCUAGCACAAAAUUUUAUCUCUAUCUGCCAUAUUAGGGUAAAAACUACCCGUGUGUAGUACCGCACACACGGCCCCAACUCAAGGUAAACGAGUAAAAUAUCGAUAAAAAUCAUUAUAAAACAAAUUUUUUCGAUUUACUUUUUUAUAACAUUAUUUCAAACUCGUGAAAUGUCUUCUGUUAAAACAAUCCAGAAAUAAAAAACAUUUCGCGUGUGCAGUGUUGCACUCAUGGCCCCAGCGGGAUAAUUUUUGAGUGCAGUACAGCACUCAUGGCCGUCAAAGUGUUAAGUAAUUCAUAUUGAAACACAAUGUAUAAGCUUUUCAGACAAUUAAUAGUUUUUGUUGAUAAUUUAUCGAAUUUAUUAUUAUAUAUUGUUCAGGCAGAGUGGACCAAGUGCCAGAGAGUAAAAAGUUGUAUCGAUUGAUCGAUUUCAGAUCCAACCGUGAUCUUUUAUUGACUGCAAAUUCUCUUUUUCAUAAUCACGCUAACCCGUUUGUCAUUGAAACAUAUUUUUUAGAAAAUCAACAGAAGGACUUGAAAAUACAUACUAAUUGAUUAUUUGUAGUAAGUAAAAUACUGUUUCAAGCCAUAAAACUAGUUUAUUCAAUUGUAUAGGUUUAGUGAAGGAAAUUCUACUGAAUAAAUUAUAUGAUCAUCAAAAUUUCCAGUCAUAGUGGAACAAGUCUCUGAAAAAUAUCGUAAAACCCUCUUGAUUGACAUUGAAAAGGUUUUUUUUUGUCAUUAUACCAUCAUACGACCUUGAUAACGGGUAACUAAGAGCUGUAGAAAAACAAUUGGGGAGAAUGAUUGAAGGCUACUAAAACUACACAGCUUCAAACUUUGAGUUCGAUUUACUCGAAAUAAUAAUUAUGUUACCUAGUCCGGUCCGGACAAUACACUAAUUGUUUGUUUGUUUGUUUUGUUUAUUCAUACUUGUAGAGUAAGGGUCCAACCUUAUAAAAAUUCUACAAUCGGAUUCAACGUUGUUCAUACCACAUCCUUAUAACCGUUACAAACUCAACUCAAACUAAUUUUAAAUGCAUUAAAAAUAAUGAAAAAAAAAACUACACAAUACAUGUAAACCCUAUCCACUAUACUGUCGCUCAUCCCACUCAAGAUUAUUCCCUCAAUUUAACCAAUUCAUACAUUCCCGACGGAAUCCUGCUGCUGAAUGAAUGGAUUUAAUAUUGGCUGGAAGUUGAUUCCAUAAAUUAAUCGCACGCACGAAAAAAGUAUUGGUCAUAUGUAGCAAUUUGUUUCUUCACACCAAUGCACGUAUUGCACUGAGUAUUUAACGAGAGGCAUCUUCCGUGCAUCGCCAUUCAACAAGCAUACUUACUAUGCAAGGGUGGAGUUUACAUCGCAAUUAUUCUCUUUUCGCUAUCCCCCUUCGUUGUUUAUAUUCCAGCGGUUGCAUAAGUUGCCCGUUAUUGACAGCUCUGUUCGGGAAACACAAAUGGACAGAACAAAUGUACGGGGAAAUGGGAAUGCUUCCAAUUUUCAUCAAUUUAAAUCAUAUACAGACUAAAGGAUUGUAAUGUAUGGCAUAUCAAAUAAAUCUUAGAAUAUUUCCGAUUCGAUUGGUAUGCAAAUCGUUAAAAUCCGUUCACAGCAAAUAAUGUUUAUUAACGUUAACUUUAUUUCAUGGAAACGUGACCAGCUUUCUGAUUUGGCACCCUUAAUGUAAGACGUAGUCCUACGUCAAAACGGAGAGAGUCGGAUCAGCGGUCGGCUGAUUUGGCGUGGAAUCGCUGCAUAGCUUCAUAAUAAAAUCAAUAUACGAUAGAGCAUCGAUGAAUAAACUUAAUAAAUUCUUAACUUAGAGGCGAAUGAACUGCAAAGGUCAAAGCUUUUUUUUAAAACAAAGAUUGAAAUUCUUAACUAAUCAAAAGUUCGAGCGCCAUACAAUCUCAUUAUUCGAUCAGUUGACGAUUCAAGUCCUAUUAUUUUCGUGGCAAUUUAGGGAGGGUCUGAUUUAGAAAGGCGUUUCAUCUCAAUUUGUUUCAAAGGGAAAAAUUAUGUAUUUCGAUCGAUUCGAAAUAUUUCGUUGGAUAUGAACUACUGCAUCCGUUGUUUUAAAUUAUUGUGGUAUGUCCGCUUUUGUCCUACUGCACUUAGCUUACUGUUUAUAUCGUCUAUUGAAAUUUAUAAUCUUGGUCGGCGACAUAAACCAAAUCUCCUUGGGUUCUAGAGUAGUCGUAUCAAGAUGUUGAAGUCUGCGUCUUGUUAGAGCUCCGCAAUUGUCGAGCAAAUGUUCCAAGGCUUCGUUCUCGGCAUUACAAAAGCCGUGUUGAGGUCUUUUUUAUUAAGACUCAGCAAUUGUAGAGUAAUUUAGUUCUCUGUAGAGUUUAGAUUAGUUCUCUGCGUAUUCGGUCAGGGCUCUCCUAUGAGACCAUUUGAAGUAAUUUUAGCUCUGUUGAAAUGUUUCCGUCGAAGAAACUGCCUUCAGUGGACAAUUAGAGAGAGAAUAUCGUUUCGUUUAAUUCCUUGGAAACUGAUUCAAACUACAGAGUCUUGUAUUUAGAUAUUUCGAUGUUAUCUAUAUCGAUUUCACUGUAUUCUAAGUUAAUGCUACAUGAAUAUAUUUCAUGUACCCAAUGUUUUUGAUUUUACCCACUAUCUUACCGAACAUUUCAUCGUUGCACAGUGUCUCAAAGGUCUAUACUGUUCCAUGGUCAGCUCUAUAUUGAUGUAUUGAAGAAAAUAAAUCAAUGAAUUGAGUUCGUCCAAUGCAAAUUCCGACAUUUCGCUGUACUUUGAAAUCGAUUCUACAAAUGAAAAAAACAUUGAAUGAAGACAUUUCUUUAGCUCCAAAACAUUCCGAAGGAGAUCGUCUACACAUUUAUCAGCCAGCUGCCAAGAAUUGGUCACAAUCAUACCUGAAAUGUAACUGGAUGAUACAAAUGCAUGAUAUAAUACAAUUGGAAGUGAGUGUGUUAGGCCUGAGUCUGAAUUUGUCACCCCAUUUAGGCCCGGAAGAAAAGUACCACCCCUACCGUAUGAGAGUAUGAAUCGGUGAGAAUGAGUUUGAGUUCAUUAGAUUUUCGUGUAGUUUAUAGGUACAUAUACAGCACAAGUAUUUCCCGGAUAAAGUAUGCACCAUAUUGUUUGUAUGAAUGAGUAAAUACUAAUCAAAUAGUUUAUUAAUAUUAUAUUGUAGAUUAUUGAAUUACUGUGAACAUUCAAAUGACGAUUAUAUUCUAUAACUAUAAUUGUAAACAGAAAGCUUGACAUGACAGACGAUUAGUUUUCCGGCUUGCAUAGCAUUCCAUUCGUCAAAGUCAUUAUUGAGCUUGCUGUGGAUAGUUUUCUAAAAACAUUAGAAUAACUGUUCUAAAUUUUACUACUCUGACUAACUAUUGAACUCACCUUAAAACUUACAUCAAACGGAUCCAAUCGUCUGUCACACUCAGCAUUAGCAUGUUUACUGAUUAAGUCAUCCCAGAAAAUCUCGCCCACAUCGCUUAUUGGCACCCAUCCAAUUUACGAACAAACGACACGCUCAAAAUCAUUAAACUACAAAAUUAACACAAGAAACAGUGAACAUUUUAGUCAACGAUGAGUUAUUCCGAAUUGGUAACAAUUCACACGAAUUAGCUGCGGCUGCGGCUCUCCAAACAGCAUAGGGCCCGUAUUCCCAUUUUUCAAGGCACCCGAAUUUAAUUCUUCUAAUCAAUUACAUUUUUCUGCAUGAUUUUCCGUAUCUCUAAUAAAAUUAAUUCCUCUGUUUACAACAUUUUCUAAUACUUUCAAAAUAUUCAGAUUUUUACGUUUUCUAUUUGUUGCACGUUUCGAUUCUUUCAUACUAAUUGUUUUUACUAGAUCUAGUUUUGGAUUCUAGUACCACUGACGUAUUUUUCUUAUUGUAUUGUUUUCCUUUUCGAUUGGUACUUUAUAACCAAUAUAUGUACACAAACAUAGUUUUUGUUGUUUUUAAUUUUGUUACGUUUGUUUUCAACUUUGUCUCACUAUUCAAUGUGCGUUCCUUUCCCUUUUCUCGUUGCACAUC